UGUUAGGCGUGUGUUUUGUUGUUGCAUUAGCUGGCUAGCUUAUUUGAAGUAAACGGUCAUCAGUAGUUACCUCAGCCACCAAGUCAGAAACCCCGCCUAUUUCUACAAUUUAUAUUCUUAAAAUUUGAUUUUAAAACCCUACUUUAACCUCACUGCUAACCCUGACCUUAAAUUAACACCAAAAAAAAGCACCAACAAUAUAAUAAUCAUGAAUAUUUACGAUAUAGAACAAUUUGGACAUUGUGGGUGUGGUAACCGAAGUAAACUAGCUAGCAUGCAAAGUCAUCAGAUGUUUAGUUAGUCAACCGAUCCACAAACUAUUGGAAUGUACGCAAUGUUCUUCUGAGAAAUAGACUUGUUGACAAGUCAAUUCAAUAGCUGCACAGAGUGGCGGGGAUGUUGAAUCAAAAUGGGAAACAUUUUCACCAGAAAGAGACGCACACGAAUCACAGAGCAGGACAGGGCAGUUUUGCAACUGAAACAGCAGAGAGAUAAGUUAAAGCAGUAUCAGAAGAGAAUCACCCUGCAGCUGGAGAAGGAGAGGAAUCUAGCCAAGCAGCUGCUGAAAGAUGGCAAGAAAGAGAAGGCCCUCCUCUUGCUCAAAAAGAAGAGAUACCAGGACCAGCUCCUGGACAAGACAGAAAACCAGAUAAGCAACCUGGAGCGAAUGUGUCAAGACAUUGAAUUUGCCCAGAUUGAGAUGAAGGUCGUUGAAGGCCUUAAAGUUGGAAACGACUGCCUGAAGUCAUUGCAUGAGGCGAUGUCCAUCGAGGAUGUGGAGAGAAUUAUGGAUGAGACCCAAGAAGGCAUUGAAUACCAGAGGGAAAUAGAUGAGAUGCUGGCAGGUUCUCUGACACAGGAGGAUGAAGAUGCUGUACUGGCUGAACUGGAGGCCAUCACUCAGGGAGAGCUUGACCUACCCGAGGUACCUGAUGAGUCCCUGCCAGACGUCCCAGAGGCAGCUGAUGAAGAACCAGAGCCAGGUCAAGAGAGGGAGAGGCCAAGGAAGAAGCAGGAACGAGGGAUGUUGGCUGUCUAGGGACCUGUCUGUUCGCCAGGUGACUCUGUGGGUCUUGGUACACCGGCCACUAUAUCCCCCUCAUAGGGGUCUCAUGCCCCCCUCCACACACACAAAACAACAAAAAGAUUAUCUUCACCAUCUCUUCCAGUCCCUCGCCUCCAAUACUGAACUUCCUGGUGCCCUGCUAAGCCUUGGCUUUGUGAGCCCCAAUACUGCUUUAUAAUCCUCUUCUGGAUUCAACCACCCCAUCACUCCAACCAGGGUCAUGGACUUUAUUUUUCACAUCAUUGCCUGUAGGUUCUCCCAUGUUUUGUUGUUGUUCAUGUUUAGGGCCUAUUUAGACACAUAACGAAGAAAUUAGUGGUUUGAUUUUAGAUAAUAUUGUGCCUAUUGCCUAAGUCCCGUGACGGGUAUGUUUUUUUUUAAAUCUUCUGUGAACGAACAAACUAUGUGAUUAACAGACAAAUUAAUUCAUGUGUCUCUUUUUUUUCUUACUUUUCAACCUUUUGUGGCUCAGGCCUACUAUCUGACCACAGAACACGUUCUCUUCGGGAGGAAUAGACAUGCAGACUGUCUUUCAAAAUCAUUACUGUUGGGAUGGCUUUCAGAAUCUUGCCUUGUCUUAGUUAAGAAUGUCUUGAUUGCUGCCAAACUGUCAAUAAUGGAUAUGACUUUGGCUUUGGUUUCAUCUUGUUGACUGCGGAGUAAAAUCCUUAAUAGUACUGACCUAUUUGCUAAAGCCUCCAUUUCAUUUAAAUUCUAUGUUCUUCCUCGUUGUGCAACAGUUUAACUAAUCUAAUGCUCCAGUAGCGUUGGCUUGGUAAUUAGUUCAGUGUCAUUGGGGGGAAAGGAAGGGCUAAUUGUAUUGUCAGCGGGCUUACUAACUUAACUCUGACCGAGCCUGGUGUCCUAGCUAUCCAUUGACUGUUAUGGUAUCAUAUUGGGUCUGUUUCACUAUGAAGUGUGAUUUUGGGUUGUUAUCUGUCUGGAUCUGUAAUAAAUUACUGGCAUAUCAUAUUUAUCUGAAAUGGAGGGCCUACAUAUAACAGAUAAGCACUAGCCAUAUUUCAUAGAAUAUGUAAGUGGCUUAUGAACCACUUAUAUAUAGUGUAAAGUAAGUCUCUCUGAGACAGUGACACUCUUGAUAAUGACCGUGGUGACCAUUUCCCAGUGGUAUCAUAUUGACAGACCUGUGGCGUGUCUAUACGAAAUGUACCAUGUUGUUAUUCUGGAACAAUACAAAGUAUUUUUUAAAGGUUGCUGUUUGGCCAGCGUGUUGUUAGUAACAACCACUAGCUGGCAGCAAAUAGCAGUUUAUGAUUUUACCUGUUGAUAAGCAAUACCUUUGCAUACAUUGGUUAGUAAACGUAUUGUGUGGAUUCGGGAUGCUGUUUCAAAUCAAAUGUUAUUUGUGACAUGCGCCCAGGUAUUGAUUACAGUGAAACACAACAGGUAUUGAUUACAGUGAAACACUUAAGUGUUUCAAAAAAAUGUACAAAAAAAUAAAUUGUAAAUGUUUUGUGCAACUAUAUGGGACAGUGAAAAGAACUGCUUAGCUAUAAUGAGGGGAAUCAUAUAAGACUAUAUGUUAUUCAUUAGCAUUUUAGUCAUUUAGCAGACGCUCUACUCCAGAGCGAUCUACAAUUAAUGCAUUCGGUCUUAAGUUAUCUAGGUGAGACGACCACACAUCACAAUCGUAGUAGGUACUUUUUUUUUACCACAAAAUAAAGUAGUUAUCAGAAAAGUU